AUGGCGACCUCAGCAAAACUCAAUCUGGUGGAGGCCAGCAUCGCUGAUCUUCAGAAGGCCCUGACGAUGAGAGCAAUAUCUAGCGUUGAGCUUGUUUCCCUCUAUUUACGUCGAAUCGGUCGAUAUGACUGCCGUGGUCCCCGGCUUAACUCUGUCGUUGUUCUCAAUCCACGCGUUUUUGAGGAAGCACAGGCGUCCGACGAUUACCGCGCGCUCGGAAACAAACCACGGCCAUUAGAAGGCAUCCCUUUUACCGUCAAGGACAGUUUCCGAGUCAAGGGUCUCACAGUGGCAGCUGGAUCCCCCGCCUUUGCGGACCUCAUCUCGUCAUCAGAUGCAACGAUCGUGGCGUUACUGCGUGCCGCCGGCGGGAUAGUCUUAGGAAAGACAAAUAUGCCUCCCAUGGCCGAUGGUGGCAGUCAACGUGGGCUGUACGGGAGAUCCGAAAGCCCUUAUAAUCCCACCUAUAUGAGCACAGCUUAUGCAUCCGGCUCCUCGAAUGGCUGCGGAGUCGCUACAGCAGCUAAUCUCGCUUCGUUCGGUUUUGCAGGCGAAUCAGUCUCGUCCGGUCGCUCUCCAGCAUCCAACAACGCGCUUGUUGCUUACACUUCGUCGCGUAGCAUGAUCCCAAUCAGAGGACAAUGGCCGCUCUACCCGACCUGCGAUCUGGUUGUCCCCCACACAAAGUCGAUGGGAGAUUUGUUUGAUGUCCUAAAUGUAGUAGUUGCGGACGAUCCCAAGGGGGUGGAACAGGACUUUUGGCGCUCACAAGAAUGGUUACGUCUCCCGCUGGCUUCACACAUACGGCCCAAAGAUUACCACGCGUUGGCAAAUCCCGAUGCGCUCAGAGGGAAACGUAUCGCCGUGCCCAGAUGCUUCAUCGGAAAACCGAGCAUUGCUCCAUUGCAUGAGUGCUCAGCAGGAGUAAGGUCACUCUGGGAUCGUGCCCGAUCUGACCUGGAAUCGUUGGGAGCCGUCAUUGUCGAGACGGACUUUCCUCUGCUUGAAAAAUAUUCAAGACAGGACUUUCCUGGCCAGAGCGUAAAUGUACCCGGGCUGACAAAAGAAUGGGCCACCCUGGAGCGUUGUCAUCUGAUCGCCUUUAGCUGGGACGAGUUCCUGCGCACCAACGGAGACGAAAAAUACCCGAGUCUCAUAGCCGCCGAUCCAAGCAAAAUCCACCCCCACGUUGCUCCCAUGGACGAUCCAACUCAGUUCACCGAGACGCAGAAUCACGUUCGCUACGAGGACAUGUUCGAGGUUGUGCGUAGACGCCGAGGCGGCCUUACCGAUCUACCUGGCUGUCGAGAGGCGCUUCUGGCCCUUGAAACAAUGCGACAGAAAGACUUUGAAGGCUGGAUGGAUGAGCACGACUACCACGCUGUGGUCUUUCCGACUCAUGGUGAUGUUGCCCUGGCAGAUGCUGAUGAGAACUAUGACUCGAUGCUUCACGCGCUGCGAGACGGUGUCAAGUAUGCUAAUGGUGGGCGAGCCCUGAAACACCUCGGAAUUCCGUGUAUCACGGUCCCAAUGGGAACUCUUGAGCAGAAGAGAAUGCCAGUGGGCAUUUCCUUUUGUGGCAGGGCUUACCAAGAUUCGGACUUGCUUGCGUAUGCUUUUGCCUACGAGUCUCUCACACAACGACGAGAUAGUCCGCCAUUGGCUCCACCGUUGCCUUCAGAUGAAAUAUCCCUGAUCCAGCCUGACUCUUCAACGCCAUUCACCGUCAAACCAGUUUUGAAAGUUGAGUCAAUCGAGGUUGCUAAAGAGGAUGCUGGGUCAGAUUAUGAGUGUCGCUUGGUCAGUGCGAGUGGCACACUGACCUCUUCAAGUACUGCGCCAAUUGAGCUGUCUUUGGAUAUUUUUACAAAUGGGGAUGUGUCUUGUCCGGUGACGUGGGAGGGACGCCGGUGGACAUGGUCAGGCCGUUUAAGCCAGCCAAAGAUUGCCGAAAGAUAUCCGACCCUUACAACUGUGCCCAGGGAUCAAUUCAUGCUUAUGUUCAUUGGGAAGGCAGGAAAUAAAAGGGCGUCAGGCUUGAUGCACUUGGUUUGA